CGAUCCGAUCCAGAACGCCACGGAUCCGACGAUCGCGUGCAACGAUGACGGGACGUCUCUUGCUCUCCAGCUCACCGCGAGCCCGAUCGCAGCUGGUACUGCCAUCACCGCUUUCUGGAACCAACCCUGGCCGCAUCCCUACGGGCCGAUGCUCACGUAUCUUGCUCAAUGCCCCGGCUCGACAUGCACUGGAGUCAAUCCCUCCACGCUCAAAUGGUUCAAGAUCGACCAAUCCGGCCUGAUCAGCGGGACGAUCUUCAACGGGACGUGGGGAUCCGGCAAGAUGAUCGCGCAGAACUCGUCCUGGACGACGACGAUCCCCGCCUCGGUCCCGGGCGGGAACUACCUCAUCCGCUUCGAGACGAUCGCACUCCACUCCCUCCCCGCUCAAAUGUACCCCGAGUGCGCACAGAUCGUGAUCACCGGCGGCAGCAAGCCCAUCCAGCCGACCGCGGCGCAGCUCGUCUCGUUCCCUGGCGCAUACAGCAACUCAGACCCCGGACUGUCGAUCGACAUCUACUCGAACCAGGCCAGGACGCAGACGACAUACCCCAUCCCCGGCCCGCCGCUCUACCCGUCCGGCGUCGCCGUCACCAGCGUGAGUCCCGCCACUGCUGCUUCGGGGCCGUGCGAAGGAUGCUGAUCGCGCGUAGACCGCCGCCGCGACGAGCACCGCCGCGGCCUCUGGACCCACCGGCCCGGGCACGGUCCCGCAAUACGGCCAGUGCGGCGGGCAGGGCACCGUCCCCGCAGUCUGCAUCUCGCCCUACAAGUGCACCGUCGUCAACCAGUAUUACUCGCAGUGUCUCUGAUCCCGAGGAUGGCCCAGUCGUGCGGCGCUCAGCUUGUGCCUGCAGGUCGAUCGUUUCUCCAUGUUAUUUAUGAAUUGUAUGCAACAACAAUUGAAGUACGCUUAUGGUGACGGAAGAUGCGUGCCGGAGAAGAUAUUUGUUGGACGUGUAGCUACCGACAGUCGGUGCAUGUUUUGUUGCGGGAACAUUCACGCGCCAGACGCCGGCGAGCGGAGGCCGAGUGCGCUGCAACCCUUGUGGUCCGAUCUUCUUGUGUGAAGGCAGAUUGUAUGAGUAGGUAAAAGAAAAUCCAGACCUCGCUUGAAGCUUUGCAAUCUAUCCGCUGACGCAGACCUCGACAUUCAAAUCACAGAGGACCUGCACUGCCACAUGGCAGAUUGAACAGCUG